AUGAAAAGCCCAAUUUGGUCAGCAAUCUGCGUAGACGUGACCGGCGGUACCGACCGUCCGUUCAUCAUCACAUUCAAGCCUUACUCCAGCGGCGACGCACCAGUCCGCAUAGAGAACCUCUGCGAUGACUUGUUCCUCAAGCUGCACCAGGUGGACUCUGGACAGGUGGCUCUUCUCAGCCCAUACCAGUCCAUGCUGUACACGUGGGACGACCCAGCUAAAGAGAGGAAGUUGCUGUGGAACAUAUACAACAAUAAAGGGAAAGGAUUUAUUGCCGAUUUUUCGCAAGAUGGUUACGGCGAGGAAAAAGUUAGUUUUCAUUCAGUAAAGCAUUCGACCUUGGUUGCGACAAGUAGUGUGACUUCAAAAUUGUCUUCUACCCUCAAACGUUUGACACCAAAGUCUCCCGAACCAUGCACAUCUAGCAGCGAUGACUCUGACAGUUUCGAGUUACCUGAAAACCUCGCCAGAUCGAAAAAGAUGAGAAAAGAUAAGGUGAUCGUCUACUGGAUUUCAUACAUGAACGGGUACCAAAGAUGCUUCGCUCUCGCUCAAGACGAGAAGAUUGCACAACAAUAUAGAAUGUUAAUCGAUUCAGAACGUAGUAAUUAUGAGGUUUAUUUGUCCCUCGCUAGUGUUAGUUUAUCGGUUUGUGUGCAAACUGGGAUUGGUGUAAAGGAAUUGGCUUAUGUAAGUGUAACGGAUUCAUUACCACGCUGGGAAGUCAACGUUAGUAACAAAUGGAAACAACUUGCUCCAGAUUUGUGUGCUUGGAUAGAGGACAAGUAUCAAACGGAGCAAAAGAAGUGCAAUCUGAAAGAUUACGUUCACAUAGAUUUGGAGAAAAUGCACAUGACGAAGCCGUUCUUUUCAGAAUUGAGACGCACGUACAACCCUGGCGUUUGGAUGCAAUUACGCAAAUCUGACACUCAUUCGUACUGUCACCUCAAACUGAAUCGGCUGCAAAUAGACAAUCAGCUGCAUGAAGCUGUGUUCCCCAGCGUACUGUACCCAGCUCCGUUGCCAGCUCAUUUGAAACCAAAAGAUGUGAAACCCUGUAUCGAAUUUGUGGCUUUGAAGCAAUAUGUGCCCACUUUGAACCAAGAUAUCUACAAAUACGUAAAGAUACUGGUUCAGGAGUUUAGUUUGAACUUAGAUAGAGGCUUUGUCAACUACGUAUUCGAUAUACUGAACCACUGGAAGGUGGAAGAGAAGCCAGCUGUGAGAUUGCGUGCCGACUUGGCUUUAGUUCAUAUGCCAUUAACAAUAAUGGCCAUUAAAAGUCAAACAAGUGCACAGAGAAACGUGAUCUUUGAAUUUGUUCACCUCUCUCCAUUGAAACUGAUUCUUAGUCUCUCCUCUCGAGGGUAUGCAGACAGCACCAGUAGCCCACGUCGAUCGCAUCAUGGAAAUCAGAAGGAGAACCGACCUAAACUUUUCAAUAGCGAUUUAUUGGAGUACUUAUUUAACUCUUGGGGCUCAUCGCUCUGUGAUAUGAAGGAUGUUGUGAUAAGAAUGUCUUAUUUGGAGUUAAGGAAUGCUCCCAUCACUAUCUCAGCACUCCUGGACGCAGCGUCCCGCCACUACUGGAUGCAGCUGGUGCAACAGUUCUAUGUCCUCGUGUUGGGUCUGGAUAUCCUCGGCAAUCCGUACAGCUACAUCGGGGACUUCUCUAAAAGUCUAAAGCAAUAUUAUGAACCCUAUUUGGGAAGUGCGUGCGGUCGACGAGUGUCGAGCGGGCGACGGACGCUCGGGGCUCUCGCCGCCUGCCUCGGGGACGCCAGCGCAGCGCUAGUGGACAAAGCACCAAGAACACGUCCUGUACGGAAGAGACCUGGUGAAGAAGGCCUCAUCGUUGACAACUUGCCGGAGUCUGUGCUGGAGGCUAACCGACGGAAUCCCAGCAGUGUGGCCCUCGCCGUUACCGGUCUUGUCGCCAGGCCAACGAUCGAGUACGAAGUACUUACCAUGAACUCAUACACAUUUUCUUAUUUCCUUCUACGUCUGUGCGUUUGGUGUGGACCAGUAGACGAGGACUGUGCUAUUGUGAAACACAUAUGUCGCGAAGCUGCACGUGCAGCUCUUUCGCCACAACUUGGCGUGGACAGUGCAGAAGCGGCGUUGCGGGCAUUUGUAGAACGUACUGGUGGUCGAUUAGUUGCACGUCGUCGUUUGCCACGUCAUUGUCCUACCACAGAGGGUCUUCGACCAUAUAACGCGUCAGCAGCACGAGGUGCGGCCUUAUUAACCCAGUUGUCACGUGGCCACUACGCUGACACAGAUGGAUAUGUAGCCCACGUACAUCUCGCUCGUACUUCACUUACUACUCUACUUGUUACUACGCAACACAUAUUCCUCGUUCGAGCCGGUGGGAGCAGUAACUCUUGGCACAUUGAAUGGGUGGUGAAACUUGACGAUCUUAUUGGAUUACCUAUAGUGGAAGGGAAUAAGCUAAUUCUGAAUAUUAAACAGGAUGAAAUGGUUAAUUACUUCUCAAAUGACGAAAAAGUAAUCGAGAUUGCUGACCCUGAAGUAUUGUUAUGGCUUCAAUCCAAGAUCGAAUGUGCGCUUAUACAUGCAUUGGAAGAUAAACGUUGCCCAUCGGAAUAA